CAGUCUGGGAAUGAAACGCUAAUUCAGAACCGUAAACCUGGAGGAAGAGGAUAGGGUGGGAGGUUGUGUGUGUGUGUGGGAGAGAGAGAGAGAGAGAGAGAGACUGUAGCGAGUCGUGUCAGGAAUGGGACGCCUCCUCGGCGUUUCUGAUUCCGCCUUCCGGCCAACAAGCCAGUCCGACCCGGAUCGUGCUUGGGAAUAGCUCGGAGCUGAAGUCCAGGCCUCGCUCUCUCUCCCCAGACCCAAUCCAAAUCCAAAUCCUCACUGGGACUGAGUGUACGUGACUGAGAUGCGAUCCGUUCAAAGACAGGGAUCAGAUCUUUCCGGCUGGGAAAUCGGAUGCCAUGCAGAAUGAAAGUGCGGCGGUAUCUCUGGCUGUUCCUGCAGGCGAUUCAGCUGUACCACUGUGAGUCUGCCGCCAAAUGUAACAAUAUCACACAGUACUCACUAUUGUCCCGCUGCUGUGCCAAGUGUCCACCGGGUACCUUUUUGAGCAGUAAAUGCACAGUACAGAAAGACACUGAAUGUGGCCCCUGUGAAGAGGGGCUGUAUCAGUCAAAGUGGAACUUGGCGGAUCAUUGCCAGAGGCAUACAUACUGUGAUCCAAAUGGAGGAUUUGUGACAGAGUCUCCUGGCAGCACCUUGACCGAUGCUGUGUGUUUGUGUGCAAUAGGGAAGCACUGUAUCAAUGAGGACUGUGAAAUGUGUGUGGAGGACAAGAUUUGUGAGCCUGGCUCUGGAGUAGCUAAACCAGCGGACCGUAAACACAGGGACACUGAGUGCGAGGAAUGUAACAGUGGUUAUUACUCAAAUGUCUCGUCAUCUGUAGAGCUCUGUUGGAAAUGGACAAAUUGUGGGUCACAAGGAGAGCUGAAACCAGGCAAUGCAACGACUGAUGUGAAAUGUAAGCCUUGGCCUGCACCAGUCCCUAAUGAGACUCCAACGAUUGUGAUCAGUGUUCUAGUCACAGCUGCACUGGUAGCUCUAGUUGCUGUCAUUGUCUAUCACCGAGAUCACCUGAAGGAAAUGUUGAGCCGAUUCCACACGCGGUUCAAGCAACCAAAACACCGUGGCUUUGAAGAGGUUAAUGGUGCUGCUGCAAUCUUCCAGGAAACCAGCUGGCAAUGUAGGGAGCAGCUGAGUGAGGAGGCACCGCUGCCAAUUCCUGAGUCCUUGGCAGAAGAACAAAGCUUGAUCAUAGCUCAAGAAGAUGGCAAGGAGAGUCAUCUCCCAGAGCAGGAGCAGGCAACUCUGCCAAACAGCUAGCAAGCACACUCACCAACAGAUUAGCUUGUGUUAUUUUUUGCUGGAUGGGCUAAUGGGCCUGUCUGAAGAACAUUGAAGCCUUGGCACUAAGUCAAUGAAGUGACAUCUACCCCCCCCCCCCUUUCUCACCCCCCUCCGCUUUCACGAUUUGACUGUCUUGUGAUGGCUUGUGGUCGUCAUUGGUUGACGUGCUUCCUGAACUUGUGUUUGCAAGGCAACCCUGCAUCUCGAUCCUGAUAACGUGUGUUCCAGGACCUGGGAAAAUAAGGCUGUCGUGCUCCUGUUGCAGAUCGGCAUGAGAAGCCAGGAUAACCCUAUGUGUUUAAAAAAUCCGAUUAUGUACUCAACAAGAGCAAAACGGAGUGCUACAAUUAAAAGCGUUUGGCUGUGGAGAUGAGAAAGGUUUCCAGUACAGACUGGGCCUCUGGUGAAUUCCGUUGAUCUCAGUCGGGUGGCAGAUAAGGAUGUUACAACCUGUGUUAGUCAGUUAACUUACCACAGUAAACUCAAUAAUACAACACAGUGGACCCAUCAUCACCUGCUCAAGGCCAUUCAGAUGGUAAUACAUCUUUCUAAUGAUGACCACAUCCCAAGAAGUAAUUAAGUGCUUGAGGGCUGGUAGAAUCAUUGAAAUUGGAAGCAGUAUACCAGAAUACUUAGGGGUAGAAGCAGGCCAUUCAGGUCAUUGAGUUUGCUACACCAUUCUGUAGGAUCAUGACUGAUUUGAUAAUCCUUAACUUCUCUGACAGUAGACCAUUUGCGCCCACUCCAAGAUUUAACACGGUCAUAAGCUGGUCGUUUAUCUCAAUGCCAUACUCUUCCUUUCUCCUUUAAGGUUGCUAGAAAUGUGUUUCUUUCAUAAACAUGGCUCCACAUCCUUAUGUGGUAAAGAAACCCACAGGUUCGUCACCCUGAGUAAAGAAACCUCUCCUCAUUUCAGUCCAAAAUGGUGUACUGUGUAUCCGAAGACAGCAGUCCCUCGUUCUGGACCCCUUGGCCAGGGGGAGCAUAAUCCCUGUGUCCAAUCUAUCUAACCUUGUCAGAAUUUAACAUGUUUCGAUCAGAUUCCCCCCCAAUUCUUCUAAACUCCAGUGAAUCCAGGUCCAGUUGACCCAUCUCUCCUCGUAAGGGUAAUGCUGCCAUUGCAAGAGUCCAUGGCAAGCCUUUGCUGAACUCCCUUCAACAGCAAGUAGUUUCUUCCUUGUGUAAGGACAGUCAUAUUGCACACAGUCUUCUCAGUGUGGUCUCACACAUUCCAUGUACAGCUCCAGUAAAACUUCCUUGUUCCUCUACGCACACCCACUUGCAAUAAAGCUUGACAUACCACAGCAUCAGAGGAGCAGGAAAGCUGAUGU